AUGUCGCAGGAAAAUAAAAAUUUCACCAAGACGGAUGUCAUCGUAUCGCAUUCUGAAGAGUCAAGCGUCAAGGACGAGGAAAGCUCGGCAUGGCAGCGUUUCUUGACUAUUCUAGAGGUGCACAAGACCACUAGACACGAGACCAUCAAGGAAACAUUUCUGUUUAACCAUGAUCUGAAGCCCGUUGAAGCCGCACGUCGGAAAUGGUCGUGGUUCAACUAUGUCUACUUUUGGAUUGCUGAUUGUUUUAACAUCAACACCUGGCAAGUCGCUGCUACAGGGUUGCAGCUGGGACUGACAUGGUGGGAGACAUGGUUGACGGUGUGGAUUGGCUACUCCAUCGUCGGUGUGCUCGUUGUGGGUACUGCUCGUAUUGGUAGCAUGUACCACAUCUCCUUUCCUAUCACGGCAAGAGCCUCCUUCGGGAUUUUCUUCUCGCUUUGGCCUGUGAUAAACCGUGUUGUUAUGGCUAUUGUGUGGUAUUCUGUACAGACGUGGAUUGCAAUGACUCCUGUUUCAUUAAUGCUCAAGAGUAUUUUUGGCUAUGACUUGCCGCAAAGAAUACCAAACCAUAUCAACAGUCCUAACGCCACCACAUACGAAUUCAUGUGUUUCUUCAUUUUUUGGGUCUGUGAGCUGCCUUUCAUCUACGUGCACCCACAUCAAGUAAGGCAUUUGUUUACGGUCAAAGCCGCUUUGGUACCAUUUGCAGCUUUCGGCUUCCUUAUCUGGGCCCUUAAGAAAUCUCAUGGUAAAAUAGCACUUGAAGCCUUGAUUGAGGGCUCUUCCCUGAGCUCUAGCGAGCGUGGGUGGGCUUGGAUGCGUGCGAUUAUGGCAGCCAUUGCCAAUUUCGCCACUUUGAUUGUCAAUGCGCCAGAUUUUUCUCGUUUCUCAAAGACUCGCAUGUCUGCCACAUGGUCUCAAGGUCUGUCUAUUCCAUUCUUCUUUUCAGUUACUUCUUUGAUUGGUAUUAUCGUGACGGCGUCUGCCUAUACCAUCUACAACGUCAAUUACUGGUCUCCAUUGGAUGUGCUGGACAGAUUUCUUGGCGAUGGAUUUACAAGAGGGGAACGUGCUGGUGCCUUCUUAAUCUCAUUCGUGUUUGCUGUUGCUCAACUGGGUACCAAUAUCAGUGCUAAUUCGUUAUCUGCUGGUACAGACAUGACUGCACUUUUGCCCAAGUUCAUCAACAUUAGACGUGGUGGUUUCAUUUGCGCCAUACUAGCGUUGUGUAUCUGUCCUUGGAACCUGAUGGCAAGUUCUAACAAGUUCACAAUGGCUCUGAGCGCGUACGCUAUAUUUUUGAGUUGUAUUGCAGGUGUGAUGAGUGCGGAUUACUAUAUUGUCAGGAGAGGUAAACUUAAACUGCUGCAUUUGUAUUGUGCUGAUCCUUCGGUCUCUGAUUACAUGUAUGGUAACAGAUUUGGUAUCAACUGGAGAGCCCUCUUCGCCUAUUUGGCUGGUAUAUUGCCCAAUAUUACCGGGUUUGUUGGUGCUGUGGGUAAUAAUAUACACGUUCCAGCGGGUGCCACGUACCUGUACUACUUAAAUUAUCUCGUGGGUUAUUUAGUGUCUGUUGUCGUCUACGUGAUUUUGUGCUACUUUUUCCCAAUCCCCAAUGCUCCUGUGCCAAAUUGCUUGAAGAAAUCUGAGUGGCUCGAAACGUUCGAUGAGGUAGAGGAUUUUGAAGAGGAAAGAGAAGCUUUCUUGGCAGAAAAUGGUAUCGGAUAUGUUUCUUCGCAUUUGGGGCAAGAAGAAUCCGAAGACAUAUCGUCAGCUUUUGCUAUCGGGAGUACCAAAGCUUGA